AUGGAGUGGAGAAAUUGGUAUUUGGAUGCGGUUCUUGUUCCUUGUGCUCUACUUAUGAUGCUCUGCUACCACAUCUUCUUGUGGUAUAAGGUUCGAACCGAACCUUUCUCCACCAUCGUCGGGACUAACUCUCGUGCCCGUCGAUCUUGGGUAGCCGCGAUCAUGAAGGACAACGAGAAGAAGAACAUAUUAGCGGUACAAACGCUACGAAACACGAUAAUGGGAGGGACGCUAAUGGCCACAACUUGCAUCCUCCUCUGCGCAGGACUCGCCGCUGUUUUAAGCAGUACUUAUAGCAUCAAGAAGCCUCUAGAGAACGCCGUAUAUGGAGCUCAUGGUGACUUCACCAUCGCACUCAAAUACGUAACCAUCCUCACGAUCUUCCUCUUCGCCUUCUUCUCUCAUUCUCUCUCCAUCCGCUUCAUCAACCAAGUCAACAUCCUCAUCAACUCUCCUCAAGACUCGGAUGAUUUCGGCGGAAUUGGAAGCUUCGUCGUGACUCCCGAGUAUGUCGCUGAGCUGCUCGAAAAAGCUUUCUUGCUUAACACGGUAGGGAACAGGCUCUUCUACAUGGGCUUGCCUUUGAUGCUGUGGAUCUUUGGGCCUGUGCUUGUGUUCUUGAGCGCUACGUUGAUGGUUCCUGUCCUUUAUAACCUCGACUUCGUGUUUCUGCUGAGCCAUAAGGAGAAGGGCAAAGUGGAUUGCCAUGGAGGCUCUGAUGAUCAGUUCUCUCCUUAA